UUCCGAGUUUCACCACUUGAACUUGGGACCCUCUGCUGCCCUCAGCUCAGAGUGCGGGUGAGCGCGCGAGCGCAGAAGGAGGUUGGCACGCGGCAUGAACCUGGAGGCGGGCAGCCGGGGCGCAGAGUUCGGCAUGAGCGCGGUGAGCUGCGGCAACGGGAAACUCCGCCAAUGGCUGAUCGACCAGAUCGACAGUGGCAAGUACCCCGGGCUGGUGUGGGAGAACGAGGAGAAGAGCGUCUUCCGCAUCCCGUGGAAGCAUGCGGGCAAGCAGGACUACAACCGCGAGGAGGACGCCGCCCUUUUCAAGGCCUGGGCACUAUUUAAAGGAAAAUUCCGGGAAGGCAUCGACAAGCCCGAUCCUCCUACUUGGAAGACAAGAUUACGAUGUGCUCUGAACAAGAGCAAUGACUUUGAGGAACUGGUAGAGAGGAGCCAGCUGGAUAUUUCAGACCCGUACAAGGUGUACAGGAUUGUUCCAGAAGGAGCCAAAAAAGGAGCAAAGCAGCUCACUUUGGAAGACACACAGAUGGCCAUGGGUCACCCCUACCCCAUGGCAGCACCUUAUGGCUCACUGCCAGCCCAGCAGGUUCAUAACUACAUGAUGCCACCUCAUGACAGAAGCUGGAGGGACUAUGCCCCUGAUCAGUCACAUCCAGAAAUCCCGUAUCAGUGUCCUGUGACAUUUGGCCCCCGGAGUCACCACUGGCAAGGCCCAUCUUGUGAAAAUGGUUGCCAGGUGACAGGAACCUUUUAUGCUUGUGCCCCACCUGAGUCCCAGGCUCCUGGAAUCCCCAUAGAGCCAAGCAUAAGGUCUGCUGAAGCCUUGGCACUCUCAGACUGCCGGUUACAUAUCUACCUGUACUACCGGGACAUCCUAGUGAAGGAGCUGACCACAUCUAGCCCCGAAGGCUGCCGGAUCUCCCAUGGACAUACCUAUGAUGUCAGCAAUCUGGACCAGGUCCUGUUCCCUUACCCAGAGGACAAUGGGCAGAGGAAGAACAUCGAAAAGUUGUUGAGCCACCUGGAGAGGGGACUGGUCCUCUGGAUGGCACCAGAUGGGCUCUAUGCCAAAAGACUCUGCCAGAGCAGGAUCUACUGGGAUGGGCCCCUGGCACUGUGCAAUGAUCGGCCCAACAAACUAGAAAGAGACCAGACUUGCAAGCUCUUUGACACACAGCAGUUCCUAUCAGAGCUGCAAGUGUUUGCUCACCAUGGCCGGCCAGAACCCAGAUUCCGGGUGACUCUGUGCUUCGGUGAGGAGUUUCCAGACCCUCAGAGGCAGAGGAAGCUCAUCACAGCUCAUGUGGAACCUCUGCUAGCCAAACAGCUGUUUUAUUUUGCUCACCAAAACAGUGGACAUUUCCCAAGGGGCUACGAUAUAUCUGAACACAUCAGCACUCCAGAUUACCACCGAUCCCUCCGCCAUUCUUCCAUUCAAGAGUGAGCCAGACACUGGAAGGAUUUGGUUUCACUGUAAAUACUCUGACAUGGCAGCUAAUGGCAUCCCCCUUUUUUGGAAGACCUAUUAAGUGGUUCACAGUUGAAGACAAAAACAACAGGGAUUUGUGGGAAAAGAAAAUCAGCUCUAUCUGCUCAACAGAGGAGUUUUUCUCAGAAGAGUGACUGUCAUCCAGGUCUUGACAAGUGCUGGUAUUUUGGUGACUGUGCCCUGGCUCAUAACUGUGAAACUUGAUCAGUGAUGUGUUUACAUGUACUUAAAUGCGGGCUUGGGCCUGGUAUAGAUGGGCUUUUGCUUGAAGACUGAAAAACUGUGUCAGUGUGAUUCUCUGACUAGAGGAGGCAGAAUUCAGUAUUAUUGGUCCAUUUCUCAGGGAAGUAAAGUCUAAACUGGAGACUGCUCUGCCCACCCACAGAAAAAUGUAUUCCUGGAUGGAGGAGUGCAGUUCUCCUGGAUCUUGCCCACUGAGUGAAGGGACCUGAAUCUCAGCCCCAGUCUAGGCUACAAUGUCACAGUCAUGCAGAGUCUCUUGAAGUGGACCCUGUAUCCUAUUUGCUCCCUCUCCAUGGUCUUCCCUUACAGUCAACUGGUGGACUCUGUAGUCUCAUCCUUGAGCCAAAAAGUAUCAGGGAUACAUAAAAUGGACAUUUUUGCAUGUCCUUCUACCUAACAAUGACUAGAAAGCAUUUCAUUUUUUUGUUGUCUCCCUUUUGGGUUUUGUCUUUCAUUCUUUAGAAUUGUUGCUGGCUGUAUUUUUUUUUCAGAAAUAAAGGAAGGAAGGAAGGAAGAUAGAGAAAGAGAGAAAUAAUCGAGAGACUGAAUACCAGAGAUAGUUUUUAGAAGUUCUGUGCCAUUUCCCCUUCUUCUGUUUUGUUCAUCGUCAGCAGUCUCCAUGGCAGCACUGCAGGGGAGGCGCUUUUGUGCAGGUUGGGUGCUAUCAGGACACCAGUGGUUCAGCUGACUGUACAGCUGCAGACUCAGUGGGCUGUUUCUGCUUAUUUUGUAUAUUAGAUGCUUCCUUGUGCCAAUAAUAGUUUGACAGAGCCUCAAAAUUUCUGGGCUUUUCCAAAAAUACAUCCUUUCACAGAAUUCCAAAGAGCCCGUUUGUCUUCAUAAAUCUGGCCCCUCACUUUCAUGUUACUGUUUUGUUUAGGUGCCUUCGCCAUGCUUCAGGAUUUUUCUCCUGCCACAGUGUAAUUUCUGUGUCUACCAGGCUCAGCAAGAGUCAACUGUCUACACAUGACACUCGGGUUUUUGUUUGUUUGUUUGCUUGUUUUGUUUUUUUAAACACAGCACUCCUUAAUAUUUCUUAAGUCAUUCAACAUUGGGGUGUUUUUUUUUAUAAAUAAUACACAUUAGAGAAAAUAUCAGCAAUUAGAGCAGGGGAAAACUUAAAAGUAUUUUGUAUUUAAACCUUCCUUCCUAGAAUUCUCUCUGAGAGUUUAGUCUGUUCUUUAAACCCAUUUUAGUUUUCUAUGCAUGUACAUGAAGUUGCCUUUUUAGAGAGAGAGAGAGAGAGAGAGAGAGAGAGAGAGAGAGAGAGAGAGAGAGAGAGACAUGUGGUGACAUACUCUUACAUACCUAACUCCACAGACUUACCUCAUCUUUUGAGUGGCAUGUGGAAUUCCAUUGCAGUGUGCCUGGCUGUGGUUUAGACAUCUCAUUAGCUACUCAUUGUGGAUGCAUCCCAGCAGCCCACUUAGUCUUGUGAACUGAAGUAAUUUAUACAUCUUAUAGAUGCAAAACAUUCUGGGGUAUAUUAUCCCAAGGGAAGAUGAAGGAAAAAUUGGGAAUUGCCUUUUCCCUCUGAGGCCCCAAACUAUAGCUACGGUCCCAGAGAAUAUUUAGCCACACCUACAUCUGGCAUUUCACCAAAGUUCUCUGCCUGGUCCUCUAUGACCAUGACACUUUUCCCCCCAAGCAGACGCUUCAUCCCAACUGUCAUGUGAAUCCUUUUCUUUUUCCUUCAUGUUAUGCUGCUUUAACAGUGAAGCUGAAUUUUCUGGAACAUUCUUGAUGGUUUGGACCACCAACUUCUAUCUCACUUCAUAGCCAAGCAUGCUGAUGGCUUCAGUCUUGACGAAUCUGUAAGAAAGUGAAGCACAGAAUGAUCAGGCCAAUACUUCUGACACAGAAGCAAAUGGCUUCCUCAUCCCUUGUUGAAACAAAGUAGGACGUGCAUACUAGGAAUUUAGUUUGCCCUCACUGGAAGGUGCUGUUGAAGAUGUGGGGCUGGGGAACCCGGCAUCGCAGGGAGAAAGUAUGCAACUCUCCUGGGUGCAUGUUUGGCUUGUUUCUUGUCCAUGAGCAAGUCAUUAAUGUCUAGUUUAAAACCAGAAACCCCAGAUGCCUCUGUGGUCCUGGACAAAGAAGGUGACACACUUUGAGAGCCAGCUAGACUCUGGGAUUGCAGCAAUGAGGGACCCGCUUCAUUGUGAAAAUGACUGCAGAGGCCUGGUGUACUGCCUGGGUGGCUGUCUGCAAGGAGCAAGAAAUGCCGGCAGGCUGAGUUUGGAGGCUGAAUAAGGCAUGUGUGGGGUGUCCUUACUCUGUAGAAGACUUGAGUUGAGCCCCACCAGCAGAGGAUUCUAGGUAUCAUGUCCUACACAGCAAGGGCCUUCACUACUGCCUUAAGAACUUACUUUCCCAUGGAUAAUAUUUUGACAAAAAUUCAAAGAAGGCUUAAAUGCCCUUUCAUUCCUCUCCAGUCUUGUUUUUCCUACUGGUGAAUAUUUUGUUGUUGUUGUUGCUGUUAUUGGUGAAAAUUGCAAAAUCAUUAAGGUCUCUGUUUUUGUUAUUUAUCUCCCUAAAUCACGUGGCUGCUGCAUCCAUUUUGAUGUUGCCAUAGGCUGUCCUACCACACACAUCUUUUUGCAAAUUGCCUCUUCACAGUUGAGGCCUGCGUUGUAAGUGCUAACUCACCCAGUCUGUGCUAAGUGCUGCUCACUGCCCCGUGAAUGCAGGGAAGUUUGAUUUUCCUGGAUCUAUUUUCACCGCUUUGAGAACCGUCUCCAGAGAUACUAAAGCAGAGGAGAAGAGAAAGCUCGAUUAGACACUGCUGUAUGCUUCCCAUUCUUCAAGGUGGACCAGCCUCACAGAGAAGGACAUCCAUGUCCCCCCUGCUCCCAUGCCCUGAACACCCACCUCACAGUAAGAGAGCUGGGGGCCAGGACUCAGAGACCUAUGACUUGGAGUCCAUACUUUGCCAUGUCUGAGCCUAGAAGGCAAGGGUGCCUGCCACCUCUCAUGCACUGUUCGUGUAUGCCAUGGAUUUUGCUGUAAACUUGCUUUACAAAGCAAACUGUGUGUUUUUAAAUAUUUGAUAAAUAAAGGAUUUCUAGGAA